UUUCCAAAGGCUAACUCUUAUGAUCAUGAAGCGAUCGCGUAGGGUUCAUGAGAAAAAAGAUGGGGAAGAUGAUGAAAACACAGUAGUAUGCAACAUCCUGCGCCUUCCGGAAGCAUGCCUGGCUCAUGCCAUCUCCCUGACCACACCUGGGGAUGCCUGCCGCUCCAUAGCCGUGUCCAGCGCCUUCCAAGCAGCGGCGAGCUCCAACUCGGUGUGGGAACGCUUCCUACCACCAGGCUACGGCUCCAUUCUUGCUCGCGCCGAUCAUCCUGUGGAUCUAACGUCCACCAUGAAGGAGCUCUUCUGCAGCCUCGCCCAGGACCACGUUCUCCUUGACCAAGGAACCAAGAGCUUUUGGUUGGAACAAACAAGCGGCGCCAAGUGCUACAUGCUUUCAUCGAGCUCAUUAGGAAUUGCAUGGAGAGAAAAUCCACUUUACUGGAGACGUACUUAUUUACCCGAUUCGAGGUUUGAAGAAGUAACUGAGCUCCUGGCUGUCUGCUGGCUUGAAGUAUCUGGAAAGAUUGACAGCGGAGAGCUCUCACCCGACAAGAAAUACUCAGCCUACCUCGUUUUUAGAUUGCUCAAUGAAUCAUGCGGUCUUGACUGCCCAACCCAACAGGGGUUCAUCACCAGGGACGGUGAGAUAGUAUCAGCAAAGCGCAUCAUCUCUUUGCACCCACAGACGACGGCACAAGAGGCGGCGGCAGAAAGUGGAGAUGAGCAAGGGCGGGGACGAGCAGAUGAGGAGGUGAGCAUCACUACUGUGAGUGUGAGCUACCCCAGAGAGAGGGAUGAUGGCUGGAUGGAGGUAGAGCUGGGGGAGUUCUACAACCGCCAGGAGGACACAGGGAUACUCGCCAUCAGCCUGAUAGAGCAUGUACAGCUCCACUGGAAGAAAGGCCUCAUCUGUGAGGGAAUCGAAAUAAGACCCAAAAAAUAGACUUCUUUUGGAGCACGCACUGCCCUUGUAUGAUUCGUUAUGAUUCGGUGCAUCUUGCAUCUAAUAGACAAUAUACGUGUAUCAUUCUUGGCACGGACAAUGGCAAAAGGUACCUAGGCAUGUUAAAUAUAAUGUAUAGUGAUAUUAGGUUAUCGGUUAAAAAUAGCAAACUGCAUUACUGCGAGUUUAAAAUAGUUGAUACAAACAUAUUCUAGUAUCGAUUAUUUGUGUGCUAUAAAUAAUGUUAGACAUGGCAUGGCACCAGCAGCUACAGUCUCGUUGAGAUAUCAUUCACGAAUUCAGACCAAUACAAAA